CGGAGGUCGGGGCCGCGCCCAGGGGCGGGACUGACGCGUCAUCCUGCGCAUGCGCGGGGGCGGCGCGGCCUGGCGCCGGUGUUGGCGGCGGCCUCGUGCGCGGGCAGGACAUGGCCAAGAGCCUCAGGAGCAAAUGGAGGAGGAAGAUGCGGGCGGAGAAGAGGAAGAAGAACGCGCCCAAGGAGCUGGAGAGGCUGAAGAAGAUCUUGGGAACCAACGCGGAUGUUGUCAUGGAGGAGGUCAAGGAGGUGGCGACCGUGCUGCCCCCCAAGAAAGUGCUGGAACAGAGGGAUGACGGCAAAAUGGACCUGGAUAAUAAACGGAACAAAAAAACUCUUCUAGAUCAGCAUGGACAGUACCCGAUAUGGAUGAAUUCCAGGCAAAGAAAGAAGCUUAAGGCACAGCGUGUUAAAGGGAAAAAAAAAUCAAAAUUGGCCAAAGGCCUUGUCUGGUAGAAUCAGUUUUGUAAGAUCGUGAAUAUUUUACUCAACAAAAUAAAUUUCCCACAUAUUUUGUGCUUGGUCA